GGACUCCCAGGGUUGGGCCAGGCAGGAGGAGGAGGCGCUAACAUCCAUCGCCGGCCUGGGCGUGGCCUGUGGGCAGCCCUGCACCGGGAUGCCCCUGCCCGAGCCCAGCGAGCAGGAAGGCGAGAGCGUGCGGGCCGGCCAGGAGCCCGCCCGAGAGCCCGGCACGGACGUCAUCCCUGCGGCCCCCAGGAUACCCAAGAAGUUCUCCAAGCUCGUCCUGCUCACAGCCUCCAAAGACAGCGCCAAAGUGGCCGGGACCAAGCGCAAAGGGGUGCACUGCAUCAUGUCCCUGGGUAUGCCGGGCCCCGCCACCCUUGCCAAGGCCCUCCUGAAGAUCCACCCCGAGGCCCAGCGGGCGAUCGAGGCGGCCGCCCAGGAGCCUGAGCAGAAGCGCAGCAGGCUGAACACAGAUGCGGAAGGGAAAGGUGACGGAAGAUUCACCCGGCAGCCGCCCCCUACCCGCGCGGUGGAAGGGGAGGAGUCCGCGCCGUCCCCGGGGCGGGGCAGGGAGAGCGCCGCCGGCAGCACCGCGCGCAGCGCGUCCGCGUAA